AUGAGCUUGUUGGUUCGGGUGUACAGACAGCUGCGCGCAGCAGCAGCGCGGCUCUGCCGCCGGCUGCUGCUGCGCACUGCUGCUGCUGCUGCGCUGCUGCUGCUGUGCUGCUGCUGCGUCUACCUGCACCUGCAGGGGGCGGCUCCGGGGGGCGGCGCGCAGCAGCAGCCGCUGCGGCAGCAGCUGCAGCAGCUGCUGCUGCUGCUGCAGCAGCGGCUGCGCCGCAACGCAGCAGCAGUAGUCCUCAGCAUCUGCAGCAGCUUGCAGGCCCUCAGGGGCCCCCUGCUGCUGCUGCUGUCCAUCUGGGGGGCCCUUCUUGUGGACUUUUGCUGCUUGCUGCUGCUGUGGUGGCAGCUGCUGCAGCCUGUUGCUGCUCCUGCUGCAGCUCGCGCGGCGCAGCUGUUCCUGCAGCUGCAGCCGCAGCAGCAGCUGCUGCUGGCAGCAGCAGCAGCAGCAGCACCUCUUGCCUACUUCCUCCGCCUCAGCCAGCGGCUGCUGCGGCUUCGUGCUGCAGCAGCAGCAGCAUAUAAUUCCUUCACAGCUUAUAUGGUGGCGGGGGCCCCCCUGGCCCUCGCGCUGCUGCUGCACUGCUGCUGCUGCUUGCUGCUCGGCAGCAGCAGCCUCUGCUGCUGCCUCCAGGCCCUUUGGCUGCCGCUGCCGCUGCUGGGCACUGCAGCAUUUGCUGCUGCUAACUUCGACGUAUUCAGGGGCCUCCUCGCCCCCCCUGCUGCUGCUGCUGCUGCUGCUGCUGCUGCUGCGGGCCCAGCUGCUGCGGCCAUUCAGGACGCACCCGCAGCAGCAGCAGCAGCAGCAGCAGCAGCAGCAGCGAGGACGGAGAAGAGACUCCGGGCCCUUCGCUCCCUUACCUUCUGGCUGACGCUGUGGCUCCUUCAGGGCGUCAGCAGCAUGGGGAGCGACUUGCUGCUGCUGCUGCCGCUGCCGGGGAAGGCAAGAGCAGCAGCAGCAGCAGCACCGCUGCACUUCUUUUUGUCCUUUUUGCUGCUGUCGCUGCUGACGGGGGGCAGCAGCAGUUUGCUGCUGUUUGUGUACAGCCAGAAGGCAGUAAGAGCAGCAGCAGCAGCAGCAAACGCAUGCAGUCGCCGCUGCCUGGGGCUGGAGCUGCUGCUGCAGCAGCAGCAGAAGCAGCAGCAGAAGCAAAAGCAGCACUUGCUGCUCCUCGCAGAGCAGCAGCAGCAGCAGCUCGCCGCAGCCGCAGCGCCACCCGCAGCAGCAGCAGCAGCAGCAGCAGCAAGAAGCAGCAGCAAACCAGUUGCUUCCACGCUGCAGCUGGCCAGGGCCUUUCGCCUAGAUGAGGGAGAAGUGCUGCUGCUGCACUGCCUCUCUGACUAUUCCCCUUUGGAGGAGACGCAGCAGCAGCAGCAGCAAGCAGCAGCAGCAAGCAGCAAGUCGCUGCUGCACAGGCUCAGCUCUGCAGCAGCAGCGGCCCUGCGGGUGGCCCCGGCGCCCAGCAGCAGCAGCAGCAGCAGCAGCAGCAGCAGCAGCAGCUCGCUGGGGGCCGUGCUGCUGCCCGUGGGGGGCUGGCGUUUGCUGCUGCAGCAGCUGCUGCAGCAGCUGGGGCUGGUUGUGUCUCCCUUCGUGCUGCACCUGACAACAGCAGCGCAGGUCCUCUCCACUGUUGCCAAGCUCGACCCCCCAGACCCCACACUGCAGCAGCAGCAGCAGCAGCAGCAGCAGCAGCAGAGCUGCCAGUCGUCUACGAAAACUCAGCAGCAGCAGCAGCAGCAGCAGCAGCAGCAGCAGCAGCAGCAGCAGCAGCAGCGACGCAGCAAAAGUGACCUGCUGCUGCUGCAGCGCUGCAGCAGCAGCAGCUAA